UAGUGACGACGAGAAAAUAUAAACCCCCGCUCCAACACACUCGGACAUUAUCUCACAUAGAUUCACCGACUCUUUGCAAAGCAACAAAAUCGUAACUAUUUCAACAUGUCUGGAAGAGGCAAAACUGGAAAGGCUCGUGCUAAGGCUAAGACCCGUAGCUCCCGCGCUGGUCUUCAGUUUCCUGUGGGCCGUGUUCACCGGCUGCUGAGGAAAGGUAACUACGCCGAACGAGUAGGUGCUGGAGCGCCUGUUUAUUUGGCUGCUGUACUAGAGUAUCUCACUGCUGAGAUCCUCGAGUUGGCUGGCAACGCGGCAAGAGACAACAAGAAGACCCGCAUCAUCCCCCGUCACUUGCAGCUUGCUGUCCGCAACGACGAAGAGCUGAACAAACUGCUCGGUGGUGUGACCAUCGCCCAAGGAGGCGUUCUACCGAACAUUCAGGCUGUUCUGUUGCCCAAGAAGACCGGGCAGGCUGCUCCCAGCGGCGGCAAGGCGGGAAAGAAGGGAUCUCAGCAGUCUCAAGAAUAUUGAGCUCUCGAUGAACGAGGCUACAGAGUUUCUUCAAAUACCCAAAGGCCCUUUUAAGGGCCGCCCAAACGUUCACUUCUGAAGACAAAUUCCAUGAUUGUAAUCUACAGGUUGUGGUUGUGUGUGCAGUGUGACUGGGGUUUGCCGCAAUAAAUUGUAGUUGCAGGUU